UCUCUCUCUUUCUCUCUCUGCUUAGCGUUUCACCCAUACCAAUACUUGAUGGAUUUCUCUUACAAAAAUCUGUCAUAUCUAAUCAAAAGCCCAAAUCUCCUUUUCCAUAUGCAAGAUUUGGAGCUUGAUGAAGGAAAAAUUGUCAGCUUUCAGUGGCUUGGACCACACUUUUUAACUUUCCUCAAAUAUGUAGCAAAAUGGCGGUUUCGGUUCCAGAGGAUUAUUGAGCUGUUGGGGAAUCUUGAUAAUUCAGCCUUAGAUUGCAUCAUAUAUGGAGAGAAUGAACAUUACAAAAACUUUUUAGAAAUCAUAUUCUCUUUCAUGCCACGGACUGUAGAGUUCUUCACAAGUCCAUACCUGCAGCAAUGGUUAGAAAGUGGUGGAAUUACCGCUCCCACCAAAAUCUAUUUCCUUCUUGAAACUAUACGAGAAUUGCUUGAUUGCGGAACAGAUUCCUGUCUUCUUGUGAGUAAUCAAGUCAAAAUUCUUUUUGAGGAGCUACAAUUUCUGCGCCUCGUUUCUUCAGAUAUGAUGAGAUGUGCAAUGGGAGAACGGGUCGAGUCUAUGGGAUUAAGAAUUUUUAAGAUGUCAGAAAAUCAGAUAUUCAGAGAAUUUGAAGCUGUCUUUAUAGACGCGGGACUUUUCUUGCAUUCGUUCUUCUUCACCACAGACCGUGUUACCAUGACCAAAAUGGAUUUGGCAAUUUCUAUUCUGCUAGAAAGAAUUGAGAUUGUGAAAGUGAAGUUCAAAGAUUAUUGCAUUGCAGUCUCAAUGAAUAUGAAUUGUGGAAUUGGAAGCCUUCAAAUUGCAGAAAGUCCCAGUGAAGUAUCAUCAUCCCAUGACAAAAGCAUUCCCGUGGUAGAUGAGAUGAUUGUGGGCUUAGAGGACGUGGCAACAGAAAUUAUAAGCAAGCUUCUUGGAGGACCGAGCUACCGCCAGAUUAUUUCCAUAGUUGGAAUGGGUGGACUUGGCAAGACCACUUUAGCAAAGAAAAUAUACAAUGGUUCCAACGUUCGGUACUAUUUUGAUAAGCUUUCUUGGUGUGUUGUUUCUCAAACUUACCAAAAGAGAAAGCUGUUGGUUGACAUUUUGAGCUCCAUGAGUAACCUUAACAACCACAAAAUUUCAGAAAUGGAAGAUGAAGAGUUGGCUGAACACCUUUACAAAACUUUAAUCGGUAGAAGAUAUCUCAUUGUUAUAGAUGAUCUAUGGGAUAUCUGUGCCUGGGAUGACUUGAGAAGGUACUUUCCAGAUGACAAAAUUAACAGAAGCAGAGUAUUGUUCACUAGUCGGUUGAAAAAUCUGGCAUCUGAAAUUUCACAUGUUAUCAUUGAACCUCUUCCCCUCUCACCAGGUGAAAGUUGGAAGUUAUUGGAGAAGAAUGUGUUCAAGAAAAAACGUUGCCCUCAAGAACUGCAAGAUAUUGGAAAGCAAAUUGCAACAUAUUGUCAUGGACUCCCGCUUUCAAUCAUCACGAUAGCUGGAGUUCUUUCGAAUAUGGAGAAGAAAGAAAGCUUAUGGCAAAAAGUUGCAGAAGAUUUAAGUUCUUACAUUUCCCAAAAAGCCUAUGAAUACAUUCCCACAUUGAAACUAAGUUACAUGCAUUUGCCAAAUCACUUGAAGCCAUGUUUCCUCUAUCUUAGUGCAUACAGGGAAGACGAGGUAAUUCGAGUUCGGAAGCUAUUAUUACUAUGGAUAGCUGAAGGAUUCAUACAGAAAAAGCAGCACAAGAGCUUAGAAGAUGUAGCUGAGGAGUAUCUAAUGGAACUUAUUAACAGAAGCCUGCUGCAAGUUUCCAGAAUAAGAUCUGAGAAUGUAGUAAAAGCAUGUAGUCUUCACGAUCUAGUACUUGAUAUGUGCUGGAAAAUAGCUGAAGAAGAAAAUUUUCUAUUUCAACAUGAAUUCUUGCUAUCUAAGCAUCGCCAUCGAUUGUUUAGGGAUUGGUCUCAUCGUCUCUCUGAGGACUUAACCAUUUUUUACAAUUUGGAAAAUAUUAAAAUCUUUGAUGGAGAGCAUGGAUACUUAUUCAGGAUUAGUGUUAUGGGUGACUUGAGGUACUUGAUAAUUGACUCAUUAGAGUUAUCAAUAAGCAGUCUCCAGAACCUAGAAUUCCUUCGUGUUGAAUUCUUGGAUUCUAUACCAAGAUACCUUCUCUAUAUGCCUAACUUGAGACAUUUACAUGUUGGAAAGUCAUAUUUCCCUGGAAUAUUCCAGAAGAACUGUGAUAGCUCAGAUAUCUCCCGAAUAAGUAGCCUGCAAACCCUUCGUUAUGUUUAUAUUGACGAUUCAGAAAGCGAAGAAAUCUUGAGAAGUUUACCAAAUCUUCAUAAGCUUAAAUGUACAUCUCCAAACAAUUUUUGUCCAGAUCUCAGCUUCCUUACUCAGCUUGAAUCGCUUACAAUGGCUUUUGAAAGUAGAUUUGAAGGUGAUUACUCAGUGAUUAACUUCCCCACGAACAUAAAAAAGCUAACUCUUUCUGAAUUGGCUUUGCCUUGGAAAAAGAUGUCAUUAAUUGGGACAUUGCCCAACCUGAGGAUUCUGAAAUUAGAAAAUGAAGCCUUUGAAGGAGAAAUCUGGAACACAAAGGGGAUGAGUUCCAAAAACUCAAGUUCCUUCAACUAAAAUGGUUAGAUCUUGAACAAUGGAAUUCCUUUCAUGAUCACUUCCCCGUGCUUGAAGUACUGUUGUUGUUUGGAUGCGAAAAAUUGAAGAUGAUUCCUUCUGAAUUUAGCAAUAUUCCAACACUACAGAAGAUUGGGGUAUAUUUCUGUGGCAAAAAUGUUGAGAGUUCAGCUUCGGAAAUUCGAGAAGGACAACUGGAGAAUGGUAACCAAGACUUUGAGGUAACCUUUAAUUGGUCAUUACAGUAGACUUUUUUCAUUUUUUUUUAUGAAAUAUCAUAGCAGGAGAUUCCUUGACAUCCCACACAAAAAAGAUGUAACUUCCAGCUCCAUAUCAAUUGCUAGUUGUGAAUUCAUAGUAUUUUCUUUGUAAUGAGCAUGAAGUUAUGUCUUCUCUUUUGCAUGUUAAAUAAUUGUUUGGUUGCAAAUUAUAUUUUAUUAUGGUUAAUUUGACAAGUGACUGGAUCUUGAUCUCA